AUGUCGUUCAAGAAGGGAUUACUGUAUCCUUGCGCCCCCGUGACGACGCGUGGAGAGCCUACGAAGCUCAGCUCAAGUAAAGACAAGAUCGUCUACACAAAUGGACGAACCGUUAUUGUUCGGGAUCUCAAAGACGUCGCCUCCUGCAUCGCGUACAGCGGCCAUGUUCACAACGCAACCGCGGCACGCAUUUCCCCCACGGGCUUCUACUGCGCGUCGGGAGACGCAUCCGGAAAUGUGCGAAUAUGGGACUUGGUGGGGGAGGAGCAGACGUUGAAGGCAGAGUACAAAGUUCUUGCUGGACGUAUCAAGGAUUUGGAAUGGGACGGGGAGAGCAAGCGUAUCAUUGCCGUUGGAGAUGGACGGGACAAGUUCGGCCACGCGUUCAUGAUGGACUCGGGGUCAUCAACGGGAGAUAUCAUUGGACACUCUAAGAUCAUCAACGCUGUGAGCAUCAGGCAACAGCGCCCAUACCGCGCCGCGACGGCCUCAGACGACACUACCAUAGUCUUUCACCAAGGAGUACCUUUCAAGCUCGACAAGCCAAUCAAGAACCAUGCGAAAUUCGUACAAGAUGUCCGAUUCUCACCCUCGGGCGACGUCUUCGCUAGUGUCGGCUCGGACUCGAAGGUGUUCCUCUACGAUGGAAAGACGGGCGACGUAGUCGCGGAGCUCACGGACAGCCCGCAUACAGGCAGCAUUAUGGCGUGCGGCUGGAGCCCCGACAGCAAGUCGCUCGUCACCUCUUCCGCAGACUGCACAGUGAAGCUCUGGGACAUCGACGCUAAGAAGGUCAAGACCACCUGGUCCCUCGGUCCUGGGGUGAGCAACCAGCAGGUCGGCAACACAUGGACCCCCGGCGACGACAUCGUCUCGCUCUCCAUGUCCGGCGAUCUCAACCUAUUCGACGCGCGCGCCGCCUCCGCGGCCCCCACCCGCGUCCUCCACGCCCCGCAGAAGGCGGUCACCGCUGGGCUCAGGGCGCCGGGCGGGAGCGCCACGUUCGUCGUCGGCACCGCCGACGGCCGCGUGCUCGCACACGACGGCGCCGAAUACGCGUAUGCGGGCGGCGAGGCGCACGCGAGCCUCGUCGCCGGGUUCGCCGCCGCCCCGGGCGGCACCGUGCACUCGGUCGGCGUGGACGACAAGCUGCGCGAGCUCGAGGGGACCACGUACACCCCCGCGUCGCUCUCGACGGGCGCGCAGCCCAAGGGGGUCGCCGUUGCAGGAGACGGCACCGUGCUCGUCGCGGAGGUUGCCGCGGUCGAGGCCGUGCGCUCGAACCAGAAGGUGUUCGAGCUGCCGACCAAGUUCGCACCGAGCGCAAUCGCAGCGAUGGGCGACGUCGUGGCUGUCGGCGGCGAGGACCAGAAAGUGCGCCUGUACUCGUGGGAUGGCAAGGUGCUUAAAGAGGAGGCGACGCUCGAGGGGAACAAGGGCCCCGUCAGCGCGCUCGCGUUCACGCCCGACGGGCAGCACCUCGCAGCUGGUGAUUCUACCGGCAAGAUCGUCCUCUUCGACGCCCCGAAGCGGAGCAUGGUCACCGGCCGCUGGUCGUUCCACACCGCACGCAUCAACUCGCUCGCGUGGGCGCCCGACGGGCAGCACCUCGCCUCGGGCUCGCUCGACACGCAUGUGUACGUCUGGUCCGUGCCGAAGCCGAUGAAGAACAUCGCGCUCAAGAACGCGGGCCCCGGCGGCGUGAACUCGGUGUGGUGGAUGAGCACGACGGGCCUGGCGAGUGCGGGCGCGGACGGGUGCGUGCGCACUUGGGAGGUGACGUUCCACUGA